CGCUCGCUCUCUCUCUCUCUCUCUCUCUCUCUCUCUCUCUACAUUUUAGCUUCUCCUCCACUGCCCUCCCUCCAUCUUUCCCUCCCUCCCUCCCUUUUCUGCCUUUUCCUCUUUCAUGUCUUCAGCACUUGCUUCAACCCAACCUUGGCUCUAGUUCCUAAAUGCAUCCUUCCACGCCCACCAUCACUGCCCAACCAUCGCGACCACCGCCCCCUCCGUCACCGGACAAACCACCGCAAACGUUCCUUGACCUAAUCACAAGCGUUCUCUCCCUCCUCCUUGUCUCCUCCCUCACCGUCAGAUCCUUCAUCGGACGGUGGCAAGUCAUCCGUACUAAACUCACCUCUCUUCAAUCCUCACUUUCUUUACUCUCUGAUUCCCCUCACUGGUCUCAAAACCCUCUUCUUCAUACUCUCCUCCCUUCCCUCUUAUCGACCCUACAACGCCUCCAAUCUCUUUCUCACCAGUGCACUCUCUCCUCCUUCCCUGGCGGUAAGCUCCUGUUUCAGAGCGACCUCGACAUCGCUUCCUCUUCCCUUUCCAAUCACCUCCAUGACCUCGAUUUACUUCUCAAGUCUGGAGUCCUCCAUCAAUCAAAUGCUAUCGUUCUCUCGCACCCUGGCCCCAGUUCGGACAAAGAGGAAUUAGCCUUUUUUGUGCGGGAUCUUUUUACCAGAUUGCAAAUCGGAGGCGUGGAGUUUAAAAAGAAAGCGUUAGAUUCGCUUAUUCAGAUUCUAAACGACGAUGAGAAAUCUGCCAGUUUAGUCGCUGAAGAGGGAAGUGUUGGGUGUUUGAUUAGUUUACUCGAUUCUCACAAUGAACGUUCGAUUCAAGAGCAAGCAGUCUUGGCCGUGUCGAUUCUGGCUUCUGGAAGCGAUGAAGCUAGAAAAACUGUAUUUGAAGAAGGAGGAUUGGGGCCUUUGUUGAGAAUCCUGGAUACUGGGUCUAUGCUUUUAAAAGAAAAGGCUGCGAUUGCGAUUGAGGUAAUCACCGCGGAACCAGAGAAUGGGUGGGCGAUUUCGGCUUACGGAGGCGUUUCACUGUUGAUUGAAGCGUGUCGAUCUGGAUCGGAGGCGACACAGACAUAUGCUGUGGGUGCUAUUAGGAACGUCGCGGUGGUGGAGGAUAUCAAGAUGGCACUAGCAGAGGAAGGUGCUGUGCCAGUUCUAGUUCAUUUGCUUGUUUCGGGUGCCAGUGCUGCUCAAGAAAAGGCAGCUCAUUGUAUGGCAAUACUGGCUUCUUCCGGCGAGUAUUUUCGCAUGCUGAUAAUCCAAGAAAAGGGUUUGCAGAGACUAAUGGACGUGGUACAAAGUAUGCCAAGUUCAGAUACAAUAGAACACGUUAUGCGAGCAAUCAGCUCUCUCUCAGUCUCGGAUUCCACGGCUCUGAUUCUAUCAUCGUCGACCUUAUUCAUUACCCGCCUUAGCGAAUUCACCAAACAGGGCAGCCUAAUCUUGCAACAAAUCUCGGUAUCAUUGCUUGCUAGUCUCUCAAUUAGCGAUGGGAACAAGCGAGCAAUUUCUGGCUGUGUAGCUUCACUGGUGAAGCUAAUGGAGGUGCCAAAGCCUGCGGGUAUACAAGAGGCAGCAACAGCUGCGCUAGUGUCGUUAUUGACGGUCCGGUCGAAUAGGAAAGAAUUGGUGAGGGAUGAAAAAAGUGUGAUGAAAUUAGUCCAGAUGCUGGAUCCAAAACGUGAACUGGUUUCCAAGAGGUUUCCGGUGAUGGUGGUCGUCGCCGUAUUGACUGGAGGAAGUGGCGAGUGUAGGAAGAGACUUUUGGAUGCCGGAGCUUAUCAGCAUUUGCAAAGGCUGGAGGAGAUGGAGGUAGCCGGAGCUAAGAAGGCUGUGCAGAGACUUGCCAGGAAUAAGCUCAAGAAUAUAUUCUCCAGGACUUGGAGGGAAUAACCAGAAAAGAAACUAACCCCGCCAACAAAAAGGAGUCUUUGUAUUUUCUAACUGUCCAAGAAUGAGGAAAACACUACUUUUGUGGACAAAGCAAGCAACCAACAAACACACAUCUCGUAUACUCCAACCCCACUUUUUUUUUUUUUCCUUCACUUUUUAUAAUGUUUAUUAACUCAUAAUAUCAUAAUCUUAUUUAAUUCUAAAAUAUUUAUAUAUUAAGUGGCAAAAGCAUGGAGGCAGGUUUUAGGGAGUAUCCUCGAUUGCUUUUGGUUCUGAUAUGGUAAUUCUUAUUGAUUGAUUCACCCUUGAAGCUUGUAAGGGAGGUUAUUAUGAUUGUCAUGCUUUUCCCUGUAAUUUUAUUUUUACAAAAAUUGAUCAAGUUUGUUUGAUAUGUACAUCCCAAAAAGUCUGUAAUAGCUAUAUGGAUUUUUUAUACAAAUUAAGCGUGCAAUGGAGUGUUGAUGUUUGGAUUCUGUA